AUGAACACCACGGCAACGAUAUCCCCCUCCGCUACGGCUUCACCCAUAUCUCCCACAGAGACCUGUACACAUCCAAAGCCAGGGGAAAAUGGCUACCUGCCUCCCGAAGCUUGCGAUGCCAUCCUCCUCUAUGUUCCGUCCUUUGGUGCAGCCAUCUUUUUCACGGUCCUCUUCGGGUUGACGACCAUCUGCCACACAGUUCAAGCCUUCAUCUACAAAAAGAAAUAUGGCUGGGUGAUUAUCAUGGGAGCCAGCUGGGAGUUACUUGCCUUUGUAUUCCGGACUCUACAGACACGACAGCAGGACAGCGUGCCUUAUGCUACUGCUCACACAAUUCUAUAUCUUCUGGCGCCUCUGUGGAUCAAUGCCUUCAUCUACAUGACCCUAGGCCGCCUCAUCCAUUUCUUCAUCCCUGACCAACGGCUGGGUGGAAUCUCCGCCAAACGAUACGGCUUAAUCUUCGUGUGGCUGGAUAUUCUCGCCUUUAUCGUCCAGGCCGCAGGUGCCAGCAUCACGACACAGACCGACGUGCCAGCCAGCACCACCAUGCUCGGUAUCCAUAUCUAUAUGGGCGGUAUCGGACUCCAAGAGCUGUUCGUGCUGAUAUUCAGUGUUCUGGCAAUCCAUCUUCAUCGUCGAAUGGUACGGAUGGAAAAGUACGGGGAGUUGGACCACGAAAAGACCACUCGCGGCUCGAUUUCAUGGCGCUGGCUGCUCGGGGCGCUCUAUGCGUCGUUGACUCUCAUCACCAUCCGAAUCAUCUUCCGACUAUGCCAGUACGCGCGAGGCACGGACCCGACCAACCCCAUUCUGACUCACGAGGCGUACGAAUAUGUCCUCGACGCGACGCCAAUGUUUUUGGCCCUGCUCAUUCUGAGUGUCAUUCACCCCGGUCGCGUCUUGCAAGGACCGGACUCGGAGUUUCCCAAGGUCAGCAGGCAAGAGAAAAAGCGGAUCAAGCAGGAGAAGAAAGAAGCGAAGAGAGCCGAGAAAGAGCAGAAGAAGCGUGGUAAGAAUAAGGAACGGCCUUUCGAGUCGCUUUCAAUCCAGGAAGAGGGCAAUUUUUAUGAUUCCAGAGCCUAG